AUGAAGUUUCAUGACACAUUCAAUCUUGAACUUGAGCACAUUGUCAUAGAAAAUCUGAACCAAGAAAUGGAACACACCAUGCAACCUGCCAUUGGAUCUGUUGUGCCUCGUGGUGCCUUUGCAGUCUUGCUCCUGCUGCUGUUUUUAUUCUCCUCAUUCACUUCUACUGAAGCCUAUGAUCCGCUUGAUCCAACUGGCAAUAUAACAAUCAAAUGGGAUGUCAUUACCUGGACUCCAGAUGGUUAUGUUGCUGUUGUUACAAUGUACAACUUUCAACAAUAUCGCCACAUUCAGGCCCCUGGAUGGUCAUUAGGGUGGACAUGGGCUAAAAAGGAAGUAAUUUGGAACAUGAUGGGAAGCCAAACAACAGAGCAAGGGGACUGUUCAAAGUUCAAAGCAGGUAUUCCUCAUUGUUGUAAGAAGGACCCAACAGUUGUGGAUUUACUGCCAGGGACUCCUUACAACCAACAGAUUGCAAAUUGUUGCAAAGGGGGUGUCCUAAAUUCAUGGGGUCAGGACCCCAGCAGUGCAGUCAGUUCUUUCCAGAUUAGUGUUGGUUCUGCUGGAACAACAAACAAAACGGUCAAAAUGCCUAAAAAUUUUACCCUCAAGGCACCAGGACCUGGCUACACUUGUGGUCCUGCAAAGGUUGUGAAACCAACUACAUUUAUUACGAAUGACAAGAGGAGAAUCACCCAAGCCAUGAUGACUUGGAAUAUUACCUGCACUUAUUCUCAAUUCCUGGCUCAAAAGACACCAAGUUGUUGUGUUUCUCUCUCAUCCUUCUAUAAUAACACAGUAGUAAACUGCCCAACCUGCACCUGUGGCUGCCAAAACAAAACAGAACCUGGCAGCUGUGUAGAUCCGAAUUCACCACAUUUAGGUUCAGUUGUAUCAUCAUCAAGCAAAGGUGCAAACACACCUCUAGUUCAGUGUACCAGCCACAUGUGUCCGGUUAGAGUGCAUUGGCACGUGAAGCUCAAUUACAAAGAGUACUGGAGGGUCAAGAUCACAAUCACUAAUUUCAAUUACAGAAUGAACUACUCACAGUGGAACCUUGUUGUGCAGCAUCCCAAUUUAGAUAAUAUUACCCAGCUCUUCAGUUUCCAGUACAAGUCACUGACACCCUAUGAGGGCUUGAAUGAUACAAGUAUGCUAUGGGGAGUCAAGUUCUACAAUGAUUUUCUUUCUUCAGCUGGACCUCUUGGUAACGUUCAAUCAGAAAUCUUACUUAGAAAAGACAAAUCAACCUUCACAUUUGAUAAGGGAUGGGCAUUCCCCAGAAGGAUUUAUUUCAAUGGGGAUAACUGUGUUAUGCCUCCUCCAGAUGCCUACCCUUGGCUUCCAAAUGCUAGUUCUAAACUAGUUUUCUCUUUACUAAGUACAGUCAUAGCCACUUUAGCUUCUUUGUUAAAUCUUAUUUAA